AUAUCAACAGAAGAAGAAGCUACUUUCUGUAGUCUUCUGAUCGCAGUUAUGUUUUGUACGUGUUUCUGCGCGGAUAUAAGUGAGACUGCAGACUGCCGUCUCUUCUGGGUUUGUUGGGACUAACUGCGGAGAAGCCGAGUCUAGUUGGACAAUAAGAGUGCGUCAAUGGAAGGAGUAGCCGAUGUGGACAGCGGCUGUGUUGCUAUCAUUUUAAGGGAGCACAACUAUUACUGCCGCAGUCCUCCGACUGAUGAAUUGGACGGCACAUUGGAGAAAAUACAACAAAUGAAACAGAAAGUAUCAAGCCUCCCUCUUACUGGACCUCUUUUUGAGAGAUGGUGUGUGUCUGAUGAAGACUUUAGAUAUUUCACUAGGUUUCCAUCCAAAGAGAUCUUCUAUGUUUUUUGGGCUUCUGUGGAACCGUCUGCAUCAAUGACUGUGUUCUGGUCCAAAGCAAACAGAACUGGAGUUCUUUCAGAAGCGGUAGACCUUGAUUUAACGCCCCAACAUGAGCUUCCACUCAUCGAUGAGUUUUUUAUGUUCUGCCUGCAUCUUUCCGUUGGCCUAAAAGAGCAAGUUCUGGCUGGAAUGUUUGGAGUCAGUAACUUGAGAGUGAGGCAGAUCAUCAUCACGUGGUCCAACUACUUGUAUUUUGUGCUGGGGUCAAUACGAAUCUGGAUGACACAAGCGCAGGUCCAACAGAUGAUGCCUCGAGUAAUCCGGCAGCACUGCCUCUGCACAAGGGUUAUUAUUGCCUGCACUGAGCUCAGAUGUGAAUUCGGAGAAUUGAAAAUGUCUUCUGAAACUUUGUCACGUGAGCGAAGCUGCACCACAUUUAAGGCUUUGGUUGGAAUAGCUCCCUGUGGUUUGAUCACCUUUGUGUCACAAUUAUUUCCUGAUUCUAUGUCCAAUGAUGAGCUGACGAGGCUAUCUGGAAUUCUGGACUUACUCGAGCCAGGUGAUGAGGUUAUAGCUGACAAAAACUUUUACAUUGGGAAUCUAUUGGAAAAUGUUGGGGCGAAACUCGUCACGUACCCUUUGAACUCUGGGGAGGGAAGCAGCUGGACCCGACAGAAAGCCCGGGGUGUUGCCAGACUCCAUGCUCUUGUUCAGUGUGUAAUUAGAAGGAUUAAGGAGUACCAGCUUCUGGACUCAACGAUUCCUCACACCCUAGCAGGAACCGUAAAUCAGAUCUGGUUCUGCGGUUGUUUGAUGGCUAAUUAUCAGGGUCCUCUGAAUCCUGAUAGGGAGGAAACGGAUCAGUAAAAUUAAAAUGUUUGCUUCUCUAAUCUGUUACAAAGGCCGCCUUUAAAUUUAAAACAUGUUUUUGUGAGAAGGUGCCCUUAUUUUAUCUGAUUUCACUCUGUAAAUGUCUGUAUUCUGUAAAUGUGUAUUAUUUUACUAAAUGUGAAUAAAUGUUUUCUUUGAAAAAACA